GAUUGAGCCUGAGCCUGAGAGUCUUUUCCUCUGCACAAACCGUGGAAGCCCUAGCGCCUCUUGACAAUUUUAAUAAAAUAUUGUGUCUCAAUUUUCGAGCCAAUCAGUUGUCAACACGUUAGGGAUCACACAGUUUACUGGAUGUGAGCUCGUGCUGGAUCUUCAUCAUUGUUCAAGAAAAUAGAUUUCAUGUGAAACUCCUCGGACCAAUCAGAGCUCGGCACGACGGCUCACACAUCACACCAUGGGUUCAUCCCGCGUGAUCAUUCACUCAAAAACAUUUUUUUUUUGUACCUUUCCAACCCUUCUGGCCAAUAAGAGCUAAACAAGAGGGAAUCCCACUAUGGGAGCGUUCUCAUCCGAUCAUCCUCUUCGUGACUGAAGGAAACUCUCACUCUGCAUCUUCUACUCCUCUCUCUCUCUCUCUCUCUCUCCGGCAAAAACCUUAAUUGCACGAACAGCACGAGCUGCCGCGGAAAAAGGCGAACCACAGUUCCGUUUUUUGCUCGCUCUGGAAAAUAGGCAAGAAGACAAGGAUGAUCUGUUUACUUCCCUGAUUUGCGAUCUCUUGACUAUUUUCAGGUGUGUGAAGAGCAUCUAAAAGCUUUAUUUGGAUCCUGCAAGAUCCAUAACUUAAGGUCCCUUUUCCAAUUGUAAAGCUACUGAGAAUUACUCUUUCCCUGUUCUUGUGGUAGAAAGAAGCAAUGGUGUAAAUGGGAAGAACUAGAAGAGAACUUGGGGACAUUAUGUAACUAUCUGUUUGAAAUGUUUCUGGCCUACUCUCUCUCUCUCUCUCUGUCUCAAAUGUUUCUAUCCUGUUCUUCACCUUUAUAUGCACAAGCUUCAUUUAUAGUUGUGGUGUUCAAUCUAGAAUUGCAGUUACUGGCAUGGCACUGGCUGCUGCUUAAAGGCUUGUAAUGAAAUAUUUAGGCGAAAGGGAUAAGUUGGUAGAUUGUUCUACUUCUGGUUUUAGAAUACAAUCUUGAUUGAAGCAAUGCUGCCAAUGUAAUUCAGUAAUCUCUUCUAUACUCCACAGGCAAUGGAAAACACUAGUCAGAGGAUGAAUUGGAUUUCACAGCCACAGGAAGACAAUGAAUCCAUCUACGACAUGGAAGAAUUUGAAAUUGAAGUUGAUGGUUUAGAUGAGGAAUCUAGCGAAGAAAUAGAUACACAUGAUGAAGAUGAGGAUGGAGAUGAAAUAGAAUGCCCUGAAGGACAGGAAAAAAAGAAUGAAGUUGAUGAUGGAAAACCUCGUGUUGGCAUGGUUUUUGAGUCUGAAGAGCAUGGUUUUCAAUAUUAUUGCAAUUAUGCAAGAGAGAUGGGAUUUAAAGUGAGGAAAGGUGGGGUGCGCAAGUCCAAAAAGAACGAUGAUGUCAUUGGUCGUCGGCUAUACUGUUCCAAGGAAGGGUUUCGAGAGGAAAGAUUCAAAAAACUUGAAGCUUGCAGGAAAAGGCAUAAUCCCGAAACGAGAACAGGUUGCCAAGCAAAACUGUUGGUAAAUAGAGCUGAGAAUGGAACAUGGGUUGUCUCUAUGUUUGUAGAGAAGCAUAAUCACAAAUUUGAGAGUCCGACUAAACUGAAGGGGGGAGGAAAAGUGGAAUUUAUGAUGCAAUCCUUUUCUGAAGAUGCUAGAGGGAGAAAAGAUCUUUGCCCUACAGGGAAAGAUGCAAGAAACUACUUGGGCACAAAAAGAACGAAAGAUUUUGAAAUAGGAGAUGUGCAAGCUUUGUUGAAUUACUUAAGUGAUAUGCAGUUGGAAAAUCCAUAUUGCUGGUAUGCAGUUCAACUUGACUUAAAUGGUCAAAUAACCAACUUUAUUUGGGCUGAUGCUAGGUCAAGGAUUGAUUAUGGCUAUUUUGGGGAUGUGGUAUGUUUUGAUACAUCUUAUGGGACAAGUGCAUAUUCUAUUCCCUUUGUUCCAAUUUUUGGUGUUAAUCAUCAUCUACAAACUAUACUCUUUGGAUGUGUAUUAGUGUUGGAUGAAACUGAAGAUUCUCUGGUGUGGGCAUUGGAAACAUGGAUGAAGGCAAUGAAGGGAUGUCAUCCAAAGGUAAUUUUCACAAAUGAGGAUUCAGCUGUUACAAGUGCAAUUGCACAUGUGCUACCCCAUAGCCAUCAUCGUUUUUGCUUAUGGAAUAUAUUUAGAAAUGCCAAGAAGCGCUUGAAUCAUUUAUUUGGAUCAGGAUGUGAUUUUGGCAAAGAUUUCUCCUAUUGUGUUAGAGGUUGUGAAACAAUUGAGGAGUUUGAAUUGGGUUGGAAAUUCUUACUUACCAAGUAUAAUCUUCAAGAUAAUGAAUGGAUGAAGAGACUAUAUUUUAAGCGUCAACAAUGGGUGCCGGUUUUCUCACGUGAUUUAUUUUGUGGGGAUAUGUUGACAACUCAACGCAGUAAAAGAGUAAGGAAGUUUUUCAAAGGACAUCUUAGCCGAGAUAUGUCAUUAGAAGACUUUGCCAGGGGUGUUGAAAAGGCAGUCAUUAGUUGGCGUAAAAAGGAAACUGAGGUUGAUUCUCACAUGAAUCAAGUACAUCCAUCUUUUGUAGUACGCAUGUAUAUUGGGGAAGAAGCAGCUAAGAUCUACACAGCAGCAGUGUUUUUAGAGUUCCAAAAAGAGUUAAUUAGUAGUUUACGCUACAUGUGUGAAAAAAUUGAAGAUGAUGGAACCGUGUCCAUAUACAAGUUGUGGAUGUUAGAAAGAAAAAAUAGGCAAUACAUUGUCAAAUUUAGUUCACGUAACAUCUGUGCAAACUGUAGUUGCCAAAAGUUUGAAUCUAUGGGUUUUUUAUGUAGGCACAUCUUGAAGGUAUUCUUCGUAACUAAUGUUCACUAUAUUCCACCACAAUACAUUUUAAAUCGGUGGACAAAAGAUGCAAAAUGUGGAGCAGUAGUCUAUCAAAAGGGAGAACAACUGCAAGUGGGCAGCCAGGUGCGCUACAGUAAUCUUUGUCAUCAAGCAAUUAAUGUUGCAAUCAAGGGAGCUUCAUCCAAAGAAAUUUAUAAAGUUGCAAAGUUCUCUCUACAAAGAGCCCAAAGUGAGGUGGAAAAUGCAAUGAGAAGGCAGGCCACUGAAAGCAUUGGAAGUAAAAAAAAUGAUAAUGUAACAACAGAGAAGGAAACCCAUACACGAGGAGAGUGCCUAUCUUUGUUACCUUAUACAUUUUGUCAACAACAACCUCCUAGCAGCAUCAAUGUUGAUCUUAAUGACCUUACUCAGCAUGAUGCAUUGGCACCACUAAGCGAACAAUCAUGAAGAAGUUUUGGAGUUUAUAACAUCUAUUUAGGUGGGCAUUCUUAACACUUCCCUAGCAUCAAUAAGCUGUAAAAAUAAAAAAGGAGCUGAGAGACUAGAACACUACUCAUGAAACUUGAGGAAAUGAAGUAUCCAUUGAUCUCUUGUUAGAUGUGAAGAAUCCGCUCCUAACUUUCUCAUCAUAUUAUGAGUGUCUUUAAGAAAGGGAUGGGAAGGAUAUAGGAGCUCUAGAAGACUAGAACCAAAUGCUGGCCUGCUGAUCUGUUUGGCAAAGUUCAUUGUGUUUUUCACCCUAAGUUCCUUACAGAUUUGUUCCUUACUAUUUAAAUCUGUACAAGUCCUAAGAGUGUUAAUAUUAGAGAAGGUGCCCAAGGUUUGGAAGAUUGAAGUUUUUCCCCCACAACAUUAGUUAAACAAGCCAAAAUUAUUGAUGUACAAAAAGGUCUUGAAAAGCAAAGAGAACUUCUGUGGCGAGCUCAUAUGUUGCCCCAUCAUGUUGUUCUCUCGGUGGCAGGUAUGAUUUUGUAUGUAAACAUAUGAAUCAUGUAGUCAGAUUCUUCAGAUAGAUAUUAUUCCAUUUCCAUA